AUGGAUAGAUCCAAAUGCAUAGAGGCUGUUACUGCCUUACAGAAGUACUUGACUAAGAAGACUGGAGAUGUCGAAGAGACCAAUGGAUCCUUGAAUCUCCUUGAGGAUGAUGAAGACACAGGUUCGAAAUAUCUUCAACUUAUUGUUACUACCCGAAAAUAUGUUUCAGAUCACAAAAAUCUUAAGCCAAAAUUUGUGAAGGUACCUCACUCUCUUUACGAAAAUUCUGAGGAGAAGCCAUCAAUCUGUAUUAUAGUUAAGGACCCUCAGCGAGCUUUUAAGGACGUUUUACAAGACGACGAAGCACCAACUAAAGAGUUGGUUACCCGUGUCGUUGGUGUAUCCAAGUUCAAAGGAAAAUUCAAACCAUAUGAGAGUAGAAGACAACUUGCUAGUGGUUAUGACUUGUUUCUUGCUGAUGACAGAGUUAUCACCACACUACCAAAACUAUUGGGAAAAACCUUCUAUUCUUCAAACUCUAAAUUACCCCUCCCAGUGACUGUUCUUGAUAAGAACACCAAAGAGCCAAGCGCCAUUAGGACAAAAGGCUCCAUUGACAAAAUUUUGCAUUCUACCUGGUUCACCUUGGACGCCAGUACGAUGAUUGUAGUCAAGGUAGGAUUAAACAGUUUUGACGCUAAAGAUGUGGCUGACAACGUCGAAGCAGUUGUUGAAUAUAUCACAAAAUCAGUUAUUAAGAAUGGAUUCGAAGGAGUUCGUGCGCUACACAUUAAGUCGGCCUCUAGUCCUAGCUUGCCCAUCUAUCUCAGUGAGAAGAUCUACAGCGACGAAGAUGUUGUCGAGAAGAGAGAUGAGAAGCCAUCGGAGCAAGAAAAGAAACGCAAGCGCGAGGCCAAGGAGCCCAAGCUCACGAAACUCGAACAGGCAUUGGCUGAGGUCAUUGAUGAGGAAGAUUUUGCUAAUUUCACCAAAAAUAAGCUCACCAAGAAGACUAGCAAACCUGCCGCUGCUGCCCCCAAGGCUAAAGCUGAGACCGAGACUGCCACUGCUUCUUCUGAGGCUCCUUCUAAAAAGAAGGUCAAGAUGGCCAAGAAAUAA